AUGGAGGAUGAGCAGAACCUCCAACCUGGCGGCGAGGCCGUGUCUCCCGCGCGUCGCGCGUCUCCCGGGUCGGAGUGCGGGGACGAAGCCCAGCGUCCGAAUCCCGAGAAAAAGCAACGGUGUAGACUCGAUGGCCAAGAAACAAAAGCAUCUAAGUUGAUUACCUCCAGUGCAAGUGAUUUCAGUGACCCAGUUUACAAAGAGAUUGCUAUUACGAAUGGUUGCAUUAACCGAAUGAGUAAGGAAGAGCUCAGAGCCAAACUUUCAGAAUUCAAGCUUGAAACCAGAGGUGUAAAGGAUGUAUUAAAGAAGAGACUGAAAAACUAUUACAAGAAGCAGAAGCUGAUGUUGAAAGAGAGCAAUUGUGCUGACAGUUACUACGAUUACAUUUGUAUUAUUGACUUUGAAGCCACUUGUGAAGAGGGAAACCCACCUGAGUUCAUACAUGAAAUAAUUGAAUUCCCUGUUGUUUUGCUGAAUACUCAUACCUUAGAAAUAGAAGAUACAUUUCAGCAGUAUGUGAGACCAGAGAUUAACACCCAACUUUCUGACUUCUGCAUCAAUCUAACUGGAAUUACUCAGGAGCAAGUAGACAGAGCUGAUACCUUCCCUCAGGUACUGAAAAAAGUCAUUGACUGGAUGAAAUUGAAGGAAUUAGGGACAAAGUAUAAAUAUUCCAUAUUAACAGAUGGUUCAUGGGAUAUGAGUAAGUUCUUGAACCUUCAGUGCCAGCUAAGCAGACUCAAAUAUCCACCUUUUGCUAAAAAGUGGAUCAAUAUUCGAAAGUCAUAUGGAAACUUUUACAAGGUUCCUCGAAGCCAAACUAAGCUGACAAUAAUGCUUGAAAAACUCGGAAUGGAUUACGACGGGCGGCCUCACAGUGGUCUUGAUGACUCUAAGAACAUUGCCCGAAUAGCAGUCCGAAUGCUGCAGGAUGGGUGUGAACUCCGGGUUAACGAGAAGAUGCAUGCGGGGCAGCUAAUGAGUGUGUCCUCUUCACUGCCGAUAGAGGGCACUCCAGCGCCACAAAUGCCGCAUUCCAGAAAAUAA